AUGGUAAUCCGAGCCACAUAUCACAACAAGCUGAAAUGGCUUCUUGUAAUUUCCGAUGGUGUACUUGUACCACUUUGUCCACAUGGCGGUGAUAACAUGGAGUGUAACAUCGGCUCGGUGACAAAAUUUUAUCUUGAUAAGACACCCGAGCUGAUCGUGCGAGGUGAGGCCAACAAGAAGAAAGAAGAUCGCAGACCUAAUGGUGCCCUUGCAUUUCGAACAGGACCAUUGUGCCAAUAA